CAACCCCUGGCUACAAUGCAUCGGUGGGCACUUGUGGUGGCAGAUAUCAUGAAAGUGGGCGGAUUGCUUCUCCAAAUUAUCCGGGAUCGUAUUUCAAUUACGCUAAUUGUAUCUACUACAUAACUGGGCCGUCAAAUUCCAAAAUAUGUCUGUAUUUUGAUUUCUUCCAUACGGAAUCUACAUAUGACUAUGUUCAAUUAUAUGAUGGACCAACUACGUACUCCCGAUCAGUUGGAAGAUAUUCUGGAAUCAAUGUUACAAUGGCCACUGUUUGUUCUUCUGGAUCCUCUAUGACAGUCCAGUUCAUUUCGGAUGGCAGUGUCACUUAUCAAGGAUUCCUUGCAUCAUUCUUUUCCGUUAACAAUACAAUUGAAAACUGUUCCAAGGGUUUUUUCUCCUGUGACAACGGCCGCUGCCAGGGCAUUCUUCGGCUUUGCGACGGUGUGAUGGACUGUAAUGAUGGCUCCGAUGAACGCGGUUGUGACUGCACGGGUGAUCUUGUAAGCUGCAGUAAGUUCUACAGUCAGUGUAUUCCAGCAAGUCAAGUUUGUAAUGGAUUUGCAAGCUGCAAUGAUGGAAGCGACGAAGAUGGAUGUGACUGUCAAGCAAUGAGAUGUGAUGACGGACAAGGAUGUUAUAAUUCCAGCCAGCAAUGUGAUGGCAAAGUUGACUGCAUGGACAACUCCGACGAAAUGAAUUGUCCAUUAAUUUGUGAACCGCAUGAAUGGGGUUGUGCCAAGAUUAAACAGUGCAUUCCAGCCAGUCUCCGUUGCGAUGGCAACAAAGACUGCUAUGACGGAACUGACGAAUAUGUCGGUUGUCAACCGCCAACACCCGCACCGAUCAUACCCUUCAUAGUAGCCCUUAACAAUCUGACAAUAAACAUCACUGAAGCCCCAGUAAAUGAAGCACCGACCUGGGGUCGUUUGAUGGUAAAACGUGAGGGUAUGAGCGAGGUUUAUGGAACGGUCUGUGACGACAGUUUUGACACGAGAGACGCCUCGGUCGUUUGCAGAAUGUUGGGAUAUGGCGACGACACACCCGCCUUCUUCUACAGUGGAAGUAUGUUCAAUACCGCAUGGGGUCCCAUAUGGCUGACAAAUCUCCAUUGCACAGGCUCGGAAAACAACCUGGCCGAUUGUGUACAUGCUAAAUGGGGAAAACACCAGUGUAGUCACCAGCAAGAUGUGUAUGUUGCAUGCGGAUGGAAUUUCUUUAGAACUGAAAAUGCAACAACAACGACAAUGAGAACAACAUCGUCAUACACAACCCACCCACCAGUUGUAGGCAAUCGGAUACGUCUUGUUGAUGGCAACACGUGCUUUGAAGGCAGAAUUGAGAUUCUUUACAACGGUAUUUGGGGCACAGUUUGUGAUGAUGGCUUUGAUGCGAUUGAUGCUGGUGUUGCUUGUAGAUCUCUGGGAUUUAGCGGAGCUGCUUCGUCAUGGCUCUACUCCAGUUCCUCAAACACUUACCCAAGUCAAAUCUGGUUAGACGACUUGCACUGUACAGGCUUCGAAACAAAUCUUUGGGAUUGUAACCAUCCUGGGUGGGGAAAACACAAUUGCGGUCAUUCCGAGGACCAGUUUAUAAGAUGUGUUGGAAGUUGUCAGUCUUCACCAAGCGUUUGGAGCGUCAAUUGUACGUUCAACAAUGACAUGUGUGGCUACAACGUGACCGCUGUUAAGGGCAACGUUACAUGGGCGAGGUUGUUCUCGGGAAAUGGAGGUGUCUAUGAUCCAACUACUAGCUCUGGCUAUUCCAUGUACUUCAUGAGUCCUUAUGGCAUGGAAGCAGACCGGUCAAGACUGAGCACACCGCUGUUUCAACCAUUACGUGCGCAAUAUAUGAAGGUUGAAUUCAACUACCUUGUUCGGAAAUCCUCAUACGGUAAUCUGGUUGUCUUCAUCCGAGGUGAAUCCGUUGGAAUUUACAGUGAAAACAAACUCUGGAACAGCCGAUAUCUGAGAGUUGAAGAAGACGGGAUGUGGUUACAUCAGUGUGUGAGCAUAUCCGCCGGGCACCUUUUUGAAAACAAUAGUCUGGUGUUUGAGGCUAAACUAGGACCGAAUAUGAAUUAUGCAUCACACCUUGUUGCCAUAGAUACCGUCAAUGUGCAAGCCGGCCGAUGCCAUGAAUCCUUAUUGGAUGGUCCCUGCGAUUUCAACAAAACAUAUGCAUGCGGCAUGGAGGUGGUUUGCUCCAACUGCGACCGUAACGACUUGCAGUUUAACUGGAUCUGGACCAACGGAGCCCCAUAUCUGAACAGAAUCAAAGGAGAAGGAUACUACAUGCUGGCUGAUUCGUCUUUCGGAUUCCAAGGUGAUGAGGCUGUUAUGAUCUUCCAUCUUCCGAGCAUAGGAGACUUACGAGCUCUGACGUUUGACUUUUAUUUUGAAGCAAAUUUUGAUGGACAGCUAAAGGUGAUGUUGCAUCUUAAUGGGGCAUAUCAUUCCACACUGAAAACGUACACCGACCUUCCUAGCAGGGCUAACACAUGGGUAACUGAAUGUAUGGAAUUGAGCUCAAUCGUCGCAUCUAGCUUUGAUAUUGAGAUACGUUUUGUAGCGGUCCGCGGCACGCAAAUCACGUCUGAUGUUGGGAUCGACAAUGUGAAGCUUGCAGAGCAUUGUCCGCAUCUCAUUUCCUGUAACCGUGUUGAGAACAACUGUGGUUGGAAUAUGACUCAACUGAGCAAUUUAGUAUCAUGGCAAUUUGUCGGUGAGAACCUCAUUUGA